GCAGACCCCAAGAAUAAAUCACGUCUUGCGGCAUUGGCUCCGGGAGAAAACCUGAAGGAACGACAGCAAAAACUGAAAGAGGAGAAGGAAGCCAAACGAGCACAGCUCGAUGGCCGUCACCAGUUCAUUAUCGAGGCUACAGCCGGUUCACUCUCCCUGGAUGUCGCUGAAGUUGAAGAUGCUAUUUUGGAAGGGAAUAAUAUUGAGAAGAUGGAUAAGUUCUUUGAGUCUGAAGCCUCCACCCACUUGAUGUUCUUCUAUCAAGAGGCAGAGAUUGGAUCAGAAUCAGGUGGAAAGCACGCUUGGAUACAAGAUGGAGGCACUGGAGAGCCAUUGAGAUUGGGCCCAGCUAGUGUGAAAUCUGGCAAACCAGGCAAACCUAAGCUGUUUGUGACGGACGGAGUAGAUGCACCACUCAGUGGGACCUGCGUUUUCUUCCUACGUGCUAAUCCUAGCAAACCUAUUGCACCAGAAAAUGUCCACAAAGAUGUGAUUUUUACAACCCUGGCCAACAAUGGAAAUGGACUUUUGCAUGCAAUAGAGAAAUACCUGGCCGAGAUCUUCAUUCCGUUCCUGAAGGGAAACACAAAUGGUUGGGGACAACUGGACUCACAGGAAAACCAAGGAACAAGGAAAGAGUUUGUCCAGUCUCUCGACUCCUUCGUCACCAUUCUGAACGCUGCUCAAGACUCCUUAGAAGAAAGAGUUGAACUACGACGAUGUGAAACUUACGAUCUGAGCAAACUGACUACGGCCGGUGAUUACAUUACUGUCGCUAACAGUACGCAGGAUCUGGAGCUCAUUGAGGGGAUCAUGGGAGUCUGGAUCAAACAAAUUGAACAGGUGUUGACUGAAAGUGAACAAAUGCGCAAAGAAGCAGAUAACAUAGGUCCUAGAGCUGAGCUGGAACACUGGAAGAAGCGUAUGGCACGUUUCAACUACCUCUUCGAACAGUUGAAGAGUCCUAAUGUAAAAGCUGUACUUGGUGUCCUUCAGGCUGGUAAGAGCAGAUCCAUCAAGACAUGGAUGGAUCUUGAUCGACGAAUCACAGAUGCUGCAAACGAAGCUAAGGAUAAUGUGAAAUUCUUGUAUACAUUGGAUAAAUUCUGCGACCCAUUGUACAACAGUGACCCUAUUGGAAUGAUUGAGACAAUUCCUGGAUUGAUCAAUGCCAUCCGAAUGAUUCAUAGUAUCUCAAGAUUCUACAAUACCUCGGAGAGAAUGACAUCUCUCUUUGUCAAGGUUACCAACCAAAUGAUCACUUCAUGCAAGGCUUACAUUAGCGAGCGAGGUCUGAUGAAUGUUUGGGACCAGCCGACUGAAGAGUUGAUUCCGAAACUGAAGUCUUGCAUUCAUCUGAACCACGAGUACCAACGUCACUUCCAACGUACCAAACAGAAGUUGGAGACUAUGCCCAACGAGCGUCAAUUUGAGUUUUCUGAGAUGUACAUCUUCGGGAAGUUCGACACCUUUGAGAGGCGCUUACAGAAGAUCAUUGACAUGUUUGACACAAUGGAAAUGUUUUCACAUUUGACUGAGACACGUAUUGAAGGUAUGGAAAUCUUGGCCAACAAGUUCACAGUGAUCUACACUUCAAUGAAGAAGAAACCCUAUGAUCUUUUGGAUCAACGGAAGACUGAUUACGACAUCGAUUAUCAAGAUUUCAAGCGCAGCAUUGGGGAGCUUCAGACCCAGAUAAAGACAUUUAUGGACAACACAUUUGACAAGAUCUACAAUGUGCUCAGGGCUCUACAGCUCAUCAAGAAAUUUGAAAGGUUAACCAUACCGAAUCUCGGCAUCACCGAAAAAUACUCUCAAAUUCUAUCUCGCUUCGGGCGCGAGAUUGAGAAUACAUCCCGCAACUACCAGCGUCACAAGAAUGAUCCCCCGGUAGCGCGUGACUUGCCUCCGAUAGCGGGAAAGAUCACCUGGGCUAGACAGAUGUUCCAACGCAUCCAAGAACCGAUGGAGGUGUUCCAGACGAUGCCGCAUCUACUUCAAGGUGCGGAGGCAAAGCGCAUCAUCAAGAAUUAUAACAAGCUCGCUAAAGUCUUGAUGGAGUUUGAAGUCUUGUAUCAUCGUGCUUGGCUUAGACAGGUUGAAGCGAUCAAAUCUGGUCUCCAUGCCUCUCUCCUUGUCAGUCACCCAGAGACGGCCGAACUCUUCGUGAACUUUGACCCCCAAAUCUUGACCUUGAUCAGAGAGACUGAAUGUAUGAGUCGGCUCGGUCUUGAAAUUCCUCUUGCUGCAAGAGCAAUACGCCAGAAGCAGGGAACAUUCAAGAAUAACUUCAACAAGUUAAAGAUGGUGAUGGAGGAGAACAAGCGUGUUCGCGCCAAGAUUCAACCAGUCUUUGAACCUCUUAUGGUACCACAUAUCAGUAAACUAGACAGUGUUAUUGAGCCUGGUUUGACGAUGCUAUCAUGGACCAGUAUGAACAUUGAGAGCUAUGUAGAUGCUGUCUACUCCUCACUGGGUGAACUUGAGCUUCUGAUGGAUAGAGCCAAUGAUUUGUGUCAAUUCAGAAUCAAUGCUGUUCUGUUUGAGAUGAGUACCACUACACUGUGUGAACUACCAGAGGAUGAACCAUGGACCAUUGACCAGUUUCUGCAAAACACACAGGAGCUGUGCAACCAUGGAGCAAUCACACUGCAGAACAAGAGCACCCAAGUAGAGGAAGCCGCUAACGAGCUCAUUAAUAUGCUAAUGAGUUAUGAAGAGGAAGAUGAUGAAGAGGAAGAGGAGGAGGAAGAAAAAGAGAAAGAUGUGACUGAAGAAAAUGGUGAGAAGAGGAGAUCCAGUCCCACUCCGUCUCGUCUAAGCGCUCGUAGUCUUUCUCGCAGUCAAGGAAGUGCCGGAAGAUCUCGUACUCACUCCGCCGCGGCAGUCAACGUGGCACGUCGAAAGCGGGAAAUGCGAGAGAAUCUAGAAGAGGUUGCUCAGGAACUCUUGGCUCAUUUCAAUCAUCGUAACUUGGACGCUCUGUUGAAGGUUACUAGACAGACACUCGACUCGAUCCGCAAGAGGGUUACCAGCAGCUCACACCUCAAUUACAUUGACAUUCAGCGAAGUGAGGGCCAGAGGAAGGACAGUCCAUUCUUUCGUUGUAAUGUGACUCUAGCUAUUCCUAAUAUCAUCAUGCAACCUGCUUUGGACGAGGUACAGCAAGCUGUUAAUAAGGCUGCUCAAUUGGUGCUUGGAGUGGCCAAGGCUCUUGCCCAAUGGAACAAAGAACGCAAGUCGAAGGCUAGGCAGGAGGCAGACUUGAGAGCAUUGGCUCUGGGGGAUCAAGGAAGACGAAGCAGUAGCUCCAGUAUGGCAGCAUCUGAAAGCUCUCGUAGUGACAUCGCAACACGCAAAGGAGGCAAAGAGGAUGCUCCCGUACAGGCUAUCACCCCCGCUGCACCCACCAAGAACUACUUCAAGAGCGUCAGCGAGAAUAAAGAGAUUGCCAAACUGGUCUCUCUCCUCUCCACCUGCGUCAAUUCCACAAAGAAAGAAGUCACCACCGCACUGGAGAAGUUUGCCCACUACCACCCCAUCUGGCAGAAGGAACGUACCGAGACUCUGGAGGAGUUUCUAGCAGCGGGACCUAAGCUGGGCGACUUCCAGACGAUGUUGCUUCAUUACAGUGAACUGGAGGCAGAGAUAGAAGCUGAGCCUGAGUUCUAUAAUGUAGGAGCCAUUGCUUUAUUCACAGAGAAUCUGAAGCUAGCUUUGACGACAGAGACCCGCGCUUGGCAACUCGCCUUCAGCCGAGCCUGCAAUGAUAAAUACCGCAACAUGAUGGAAGACAUCUUUGAAUUCAUCGAUGAAGUAUCCAAGAGAUUGAAUCGUCCAGUCAAGGAUUUAGACGACAUCCGUCUUGUUAUGUUGUCUCUGAAAGAAGUCCGAGAGAAUGAGAUCCGUAUUGAUAUGGAGAUAGGACCAAUUGAGGAAUCCUACGCCCUUCUCAACAAGUACGAACUCCUCGUUGCCAAAGAAGAUGCGGAGAAGGUGGACACUUUGCGUUACUCCUGGGAGCGCGUUGCCGCCCAAUCCAUUGAGAUGUCUCACUACCUACUAAAGAUCCAACCAGACUUCCGCGGUGGCUUGCUUAGCGAUGUCGAGGAUUUUGUCACAGACUGUGGUACAUUCUACUCAGAGUAUAACGAUGUUGGACCAAUGGUAACCGGACUCCUACCGAAAGAAGCCAGCGAUCGUUUAGUGAUCUAUCAGAAUCGUUUCGACACCCUCUUCAGAAAGUACACCACCUACACAGGAGGAGAGGAGCUCUUCGGUUUAUCCGUCACCGAAUAUCCCGAGCUCUUACAGAUCAAGAAGGAGUUGAACCUUCUUCAGAAGCUGUACGGACUUUACAACGACGUCAUCGAUCGAGUGAAUGGAUAUUAUGACAUCUUGUGGGCCGAUGUGGACAUUGAGAAGAUUAACCAAGAGUUGAUUGAGUUUCAGAACAGAUGUCGCAAGCUCCCCCGCGCCCUGAAGGAGUGGCCGGCCUUUAAUGAUCUCAAGAAUACGAUUGACGACUUCAACGAGACGUGCCCUCUGCUGGAACUCAUGACCAAUAAGGCCAUGAAACCACGCCAUUGGCAGAGGAUGGCCGAUACGACGGGUCAUGUCUUUGAGGUGGAGAGUGAGUCCUUCUGCCUGAGGAAUAUCAUGGAAGCACCGCUGCUCAAAUCAAAGGAAGAUAUUGAGGACAUCUGUAUAUCGGCAGUGAAAGAGAAAGACAUUGAGGCUAAACUCAAGGCAGUCAUUGCUGAAUGGAGCGCUCGUGAUAUCAUCUUUGCUAACUUUAAGAACCGUGGAGAGCUUCUCCUCAGAGGUGACAACAUCACUGAGAUUAUCAGCUUCAUGGAAGAUGGUUUGAUGGUCUUAGGAUCUCUACUGAGUAACAGAUACAACGCACCAUUCAAGAAGAGUAUUCAGCAAUGGGUACAGAACCUGUCUAAUACCAGUGAGAUCAUUGAGCAGUGGAUGCAAGUACAGAAUCUAUGGGUUUAUCUGGAAGCUGUGUUUGUUGGAGGAGACAUCGCUAAACAGCUACCUAAGGAAGCCAAACGUUUCUCCAACAUCGACAAGUCCUGGGUGAAAAUCAUGGUUCGUGCUCAUGAGAACACCAACGUCGUUCAGUGCUGCGUUGGGGAUGAGUUCAUGGGGCAGUUACUGCCUCAUCUUCUAGAGCAACUGGAGCUGUGUCAGAAGUCACUCACAGGUUACCUUGAGAAGAAACGUCUGUUGUUCCCAAGAUUCUUCUUCGUCUCCGACCCCGCCCUUCUUGAGAUCCUCGGUCAAGCUUCCGACUCUCACACCAUCCAGGCUCAUCUUCUUAGUAUCUUUGAUAAUACUAAGAUGGUGAAGUUUCACGAGAAGAGUUACGAUCAAAUCUUGGCUAUCAUCUCAUCUGAAGGAGAGACUAUUGAGCUUGAGAAGCCAAUUAAAGCUGAGGGUAACGUUGAGAUCUGGCUGAUGAAUCUAAUGAUGAUGUCUCAACGCUCUGUACACGGUGUCAUCCGUACUGCUGCUCUAGCUGUGCAAGAUUCCAGCUUUAACUUGAUUGAAUUCCUGAAUUCCUACCCAGCUCAGGUCGGACUUCUAGGUAUUCAGAUGAUCUGGACUCGUGAUGCUCAGGAAGCGUUGACUAACGCUAAGUACGAUCGCAAGGUGAUGCAGCAAACCAACCAAGCAUUCCUUGAGCUGCUGAAUCUGCUGAUCGAGCAGACGACACGCACCCUCUCUAAGGUGGAGAGAAGGAAGUUUGAGACUCUGAUCACCAUCCAUGUGCAUCAGAGAGACAUCUUUGAUGACCUGGUGAGAAUGCACAUUAAGACUCCCGCUGAUUUUGAAUGGUUGAAACAGACUCGUUUCUACUUUAAUGAAGACAGUGAUAAGAUGUUGGUGUCCAUCACCGAUGUAGACUUCUUAUAUCAGAAUGAGUUUCUUGGAUGCACAGAACGUCUUGUCAUCACUCCGCUAACAGACAGAUGUUACAUCACUUUGUCUCAGGCUCUGGGUAUGAGCAUGGGUGGUGCCCCGGCCGGCCCUGCCGGCACCGGUAAGACAGAGACAACUAAAGACAUGGGUAGAGCAUUAGGCAAGUACGUCGUCGUCUUCAAUUGCUCCGAUCAGAUGGACUACCGAGGCCUCGGUCGUAUCUACAAGGGACUCGCACAGUCCGGUAGCUGGGGAUGCUUUGAUGAGUUCAAUCGAAUUGACUUACCGGUGCUUUCGGUGGCAGCGCAGCAGAUUGCUAUUGUCCUGACGGCGAAGAAGGAGCGUAAGAAGAGGUUCGUCUUCACGGAUGGUGACAUGGUGGAUCUCAAUCCAGAGUUUGGUCUCUUUCUGACGAUGAACCCAGGUUACGCCGGUCGUCAGGAGCUCCCCGAGAACCUCAAGAUCAACUUCCGUACAGUGGCCAUGAUGGUACCGGAUCGACAGAUCAUCAUCCGUGUCAAGCUAGCUAGCUGUGGUUUCAUGGAGAAUAUUAUCCUGGCGCGCAAGUUCUAUACUCUGUACAAGCUGUGCGAGGAGCAGCUGACUAAACAGGUUCAUUAUGACUUUGGUCUGCGUAACAUCUUAUCUGUGCUACGUACCCUUGGAGCAUCUAAACGAGCCAACCCUACAGACAGUGAGAGUACGAUUGUCAUGCGUGUACUCAGAGAUAUGAACCUCUCUAAACUGGUGGAUGAGGAUGAGCCGCUGUUCUUGUCACUCAUUAAUGAUCUGUUUCCGGGAAUCACAUUAGACAAGGCUGGAUACCCUGAGUUAGAGACGGCCAUAACGCUGAGAGUGGAAGAGGCUGGACUUAUUAACCAUCCCCCAUGGUGUCUCAAACUUAUUCAGCUAUUUGAAACUCAACGAGUCCGUCACGGCAUGAUGGCUCUAGGACCAUCCGGUGCAGGUAAAACCUGUUGUAUUCACAUGUUGAUGAAGGCCAUGUCGGACUGUGGUGAGCCUCAUAGGGAGAUGAGAAUGAACCCUAAGGCCAUCACGGCACCUCAGAUGUUUGGCCGUUUGGAUGUCGCUACCAAUGACUGGACGGAUGGAAUCUUCUCUACACUGUGGAGACGAACACUCAGGGCGAAGAAAGGGGAGCAUGUGUGGCUUGUACUUGAUGGACCCGUGGAUGCUAUCUGGAUUGAGAAUCUGAACUCUGUCUUAGACGACAACAAGACAUUGACUCUAGCUAAUGGUGACCGAAUCCCCAUGGCUCCGAACUGUAAGAUUGUCUUUGAGCCUCAUAACAUUGACAAUGCCUCACCCGCUACAGUUUCCCGUAACGGUAUGGUGUACAUGAGCUCUUCAGGUCUCAACUGGAAACCAAUUCUGGAUGGAUGGCUGAUGAGGCGUAACAUGCAGGAAGCUGAGAUCAUACGCAAUCUCUUUGAGAAAUCCUUCCCUCAAAUCUACACCUACGCCCUGCAGAACUUGAUCUUCAAGAUGGAUGUCUUGGAGUGCAUGACGAUAGCGCAGGCCAUCAACCUUCUUCAAGGACUCAUACCGAAUAAAGAUGAGAAAGAUAGUUCAGGCUGCGCCCCGGACCAUCUGGAGAAACUCUACGUCUUUGUGGUCAUGUGGAGUGUAGGUGCCAUACUGGAGUUGGAAGACCGUAGUAAGAUGCAAGAUUUCAUUGUGAAUCACGAUGAAUUUAAGCUCAAUCUACCGACGUUAACCCCGGGCACGGAGGAAACCAUCUUUGAUUACUUCGUGGACCACGAUGGUACAUGGAAACACUGGAGCACUAGAGUAGAGGAUUGGAUUUAUCCAUCAGACUCGACACCAGAGUAUGGUUCUAUCCUCGUACCCAAUGUAGACAACGUAAGAACAGACUUCCUCAUCCAUACCGUGGCCAAACAAAGCAAGCCUAUCUUACUGAUCGGUGAGCAGGGUACAGCCAAGACUGUCAUGAUCAAAGGAUAUAUGUCAAAAUAUAACCCAGAAGAACACAUGGGAAAGAGCUUCAACUUCUCUUCGGCAACGACACCUCUUAUGUUUCAGAGAACCAUAGAGAGUUAUGUCGACAAACGCAUGGGAAACACAUUCGGCCCUCCGGCAGGCAAAAAGAUGACUGUGUUUGUUGAUGAUAUCAACAUGCCAAUCAUCAACGAGUGGGGAGAUCAGAUCACCAAUGAGAUCGUGCGUCAAAUGAUGGAAUUCGGUGGUUUCUACAAUCUUGAGAAGCCGGGAGACUUUACAAUCAUUGCUGAUAUUCAGAUGAUGGCUGCCAUGAUCCAACCCGGUGGUGGUCGGAAUGAUAUCCCGCAACGUCUCAAGAGAGAGUUCUCUGUCUUCAACUGCACCUUGCCGUCUAAUUCAUCUAUUGAUAAGAUCUUUGGUGUGAUUGGAUCUGGACAUUAUUGCGUUGAACGAGGAUUUAAGGAUGAAGUCAGGGAACUAGCCAAGACAUUGGUUCCUAUCACACGUAGACUGUGGCAACUUACAAAGAUUAAGAUGUUGCCAACACCAGCUAAGUUCCACUACAUCUUCAAUCUGCGUGAUUUGUCUCGUAUCUGGCAGGGAAUGAUUAAUACCAUGUCGGAGGUGGUGAGCUCCCAGGAGGUUCUCAUGUUCUUAUGGAAGCAUGAGUGUAUGCGUGUCAUAGCGGACCGCUUUACUAAUCCACAGGAUGUUGAGUGGUUUCAGAAGACGAUCAUGAGAGUAAUUGGAGAGGAGUUGGGAGAACAACUCCAGAGCAAUGUUGACAAUAAUCACUACUUUGUUGACUUCAUGAGAGAUGCAGCAGAAGCAACAGGUGACGAGCCUGACGAUGCUGAUUUUGAUAUGCCUAAGAUCUAUGAGCCGGCCGAGUCUUUUGACGUCUUGGAGGAACGUCUUCAGAUGUUUAUGGGUCAGUACAACGAAAGCAUCAGAGGAGCUAAUAUGGACUUGGUGUUCUUCAAGGAUGCGAUGAUACAUCUAGUUAAGAUAUCCAGGGUAAUCCGCACUCCCAGAGGAAACUCUCUCUUAGUCGGAGUGGGUGGUUCCGGUAAGCAGAGUCUGACCAAGAUUGCUUCCUUCAUAGCUGGCUACAAGACCUUCCAGAUAACCCUGACCAGAUCUUACAGUCAGUCCAACCUGAUGGAAGAUUUGAAGAUCCUUUAUCGUACGGCCGGACAGCAGGGUAAAGGCAUCACAUUUAUCUUCACCGAUAACGAGAUCAAAGAAGAAAGCUUCCUGGAAUAUCUUAACAAUGUUCUGUCAUCUGGUGAGGUGUCUAACUUAUUUGCCCGUGAUGAGAUCGAUGAGAUUCAACAAGAGUUGAUUCCCGUCAUGAAGAAGGAGUACCCACGCCGUCCACCAACCACAGAGAACCUUUACGAUUACUUCAUCACUCGCUCCAGACAGAAUCUUCAUGUCGUACUCUGCUUCUCACCGGUUGGUGAGAAGUUCCGCAACCGUGCCAUGAAGUUUCCUGGUCUGAUCUCAGGCUGCACCAUCGAUUGGUUUAGCAGAUGGCCUAAAGAUGCCCUCAUCGCUGUGGCUGACCAUUUUCUAGCGACGUUUGAGAUUGCCUGCACAGAACCUGUGAAGAAACAGUUAGUCCAGGCUAUGGGAACCAUCCAAGAUGGAGUAGCAGAGUCUUGUGUGGAAUACUUCGAGAGGUUCCGGCGAUCGACCCACGUCACUCCAAAGUCCUACCUGUCCUUCAUCUCCGGCUACAAGAACAUUUACUCCACCAAGUUCGGUGAGAUCAAUGAGUUAUCCAACAGGAUGACCACAGGACUGGACAAGCUAGUAGAAGCUUCGCUAUCCGUUGCUGAGCUGAGCAAAGAGCUUGCAGUUAAAGAGAAAGAGCUUGCCGUCGCGUCUAAGGAAGCUGAAGUGGUUUUGUUGGCAGUGACGCAAAAAGCACAGGCUGCGGAGAAGGUCAAGGCUCAGGUGCAGAAAGUCAAAGACAAAGCUCAGGCCAUUGUGGAUGAAAUAGCUGCAGAUAAAACCAUCGCCCUGACCAAGUUAGAGGCAGCUAAACCCGCCUUAGAAGAAGCUGAAGCUGCCCUCAACACCAUCAAACCAUCGGAUAUAUCAACAGUACGCAAGCUGGGUAAACCACCUUCUCUUAUCCAGCGUAUUAUGGACUGUGCGUUGCUGCUCUUCCAAGUCAAGAUUGAGCCUUGUUCGUUGGAUCCAGAUAGACCAAGCCCUAAACCAUCCUGGGGGCUGUCCCUUAAGUUAAUGGGUGGUUCUGGGUUCUUGAACGGCCUGCUGACAUUCCCCAAAGACACCAUUAAUGGAGAGACAGUUGAACUUCUAGCACCAUAUCUUGACAGUGACGACUACAACUUGGAAACGGCCAAAAAGGUGUGUGGAAAUGUUGCAGGUCUUUGCUCAUGGACUAAAGCUAUGGCUUUCUUCUUCACAAUCAACAAGGAAGUCCUACCACUAAAGGCCAAUCUGGUUGUCCAAGAAGCAAGACUGGAAGUAGCCAACAAGGAUCUAGCGAGAGCACAGGGUCAACUAGACGACAAACAGAGAGAGUUAGAUGCUGCCCAGGCAGAGUAUGAUGCUGCCAUGAAGAAGAAACAGGACUUACUUGACGAUGCAGACAAUUGUAGACGCAAGAUGAAUGCAGCUUCGGCUCUCAUUAAUGGUCUAGGUGGUGAGAAGGAACGAUGGACACAACAAAACAAAGAAUUCAAGGCAGCGAUCGGAAGGUUGGUUGGAGACGUCUUAUUGGCCACCGGGUUCUUGUCGUACGAGGGUCCGUUCAAUCAGGAAUUCCGCUCUCGUCUUAUCUUGGACUGGAAGAAGGAGAUGAAGUCACGCAAGAUUCCCUUUAGUUCCGGUCUGAAUCUGAUUGAAAUGUUGGUGGAUAACCCCACGAUCGCUGAAUGGAAUAUGCAGGGUCUACCCAACGAUGAGUUGUCCAUUCAGAAUGGAAUCAUCGUGACUAAAGCAGCCAGGUUCCCUCUACUCAUUGAUCCUCAAGGACAAGGCAAAAUCUGGAUCAAGAAUAGGGAAUCCAAGAAUGAGAUGCAGUUGACCUCUCUAAACCACAAGUAUUUUAGAACACAUCUUGAAGAUUCCUUGUCUCUUGGUCGACCUCUUAUGAUUGAAGACAUCGGAGAGGAAUUGGACCCAGCUCUUGACAACGUCCUUGAGAAGAACUUCAUCAAGAGUGGUAGUACAUUCAAGGUGAAAGUGGGUGACAAAGAAGUUGAUGUUAUGGACGGUUUCCGCCUGUAUAUAACCACUAAGCUUCCCAACCCGGCCUACACACCAGAAGUUAGCGCCAAGACGUCCAUCAUUGAUUUCACAGUCACAAUGAAGGGUCUGGAAGAUCAGCUCCUAGGUCGAGUUAUCUUGACUGAAAAGAAUGAACUCGAGGCUGAGAGAACCAAACUGGUUGAAGAUGUGACGAGUAACAAGCGCAAGAUGAAAGAACUAGAAGACAACCUCUUGUACCGUCUCACCAGUACACAAGGCUCAUUGGUGGAUGACGAGUCUCUGAUUAAUGUACUCUCAAACACUAAGACGACAGCAGAAGACGUCAGUCAGAAACUACAGGUAGCUGCAGAGACUGAGAUCAAGAUCAAUGCAGCCAGGGAGGAAUUCAGACCAGUGGCCAACAGAGGCAGUAUCCUGUACUUCUUGAUUACAGAGAUGAGCAUGGUGAACGUGAUGUACCAGACCUCUCUAAAGCAGUUCUUGGGUCUGUUUGAUAUAUCCAUGGCAAAUUCCACCAAGAGUCCGAUAACAAGCAAGCGGAUCACCAACAUCAUUGAUUACAUGACGUAUGCUGUGUUUAAGUACGCUGCACGAGGUCUGUAUGAGAGUGAUAAAUUGAUGUUUACGAUUCUACUGACGCUGAAAGUGGACCUUCAAGCUGGCAAGAUUAAACCGGAGGAGUUCAGCACACUCAUUAAAGGUGGAGCGUCUCUGGAUUUGAAAGGCUGCCCUCCUAAAUCCAGCAAGUGGAUUCUAGAUAUUACAUGGCUCAACUUGGUGGAACUCAGUAAACUCAAACAUUUCAGCGACAUCCUCAACCAGAUUGGUCGUAAUGAGAAGCAAUGGAAGCACUGGUUUGAUAAAGAGGCACCUGAGGAUGAACCAAUCCCAGAUGGAUACCAGAAUUCCCUUGAUGUCUUCAAGAGGCUGCUCCUGAUAAGAUCCUGGUGUCCGGACAGGACACUGCCGCAGGCAAGAAAGUAUAUCGUUGACUCCCUCGGUGAACGCUACGCAGAGGGUGUCAUCCUGGAUCUAGAGACGACAUGGGAGGAGUCUGACCAACGUACCCCCCUCAUCUGCUUCCUAUCCAUGGGUAGCGACCCGACCAGCAUGAUCGAAUCUUUAGCCAAGAAGAAGAAGAUCGAAUGCAAAGCUAUCUCCAUGGGGCAGGGACAAGAAGUCCACGCCCGCCGCCUCAUGAGUAACUCUCAGGCCAAUGGAGGCUGGGUCAUGUUGCAGAACUGUCAUUUGUCAUUGUCGUUCCUUGGGGAGGUCAUGGACACUGUGGUUGAGACUGAGAAUGUCCAUGAUCAGUUCCGAUUGUGGAUGACAACGGAAGUUCAUCCCAGCUUCCCUAUCAGCUUGUUACAGAUGUGUAUCAAGUUCACCAAUGAGCCACCUCAGGGUGUCAAGGCAGGAUUGAAGCGUACCUAUGCCGGUAUAUCUCAGGAUCAACUAGAUGUAUCUAACAUGCCUCAGUGGAAACCAAUGCUGUAUGCCACUGCAGUACUUCAUACAGUAGUUCAGGAGAGAAGGAAAUUUGGUCCUCUGGGCUGGAACAUCCCGUACGAGUUUAACUCAGCUGAUUUCACUGCAACGGUUCAGUUUAUGCAAAAUCACUUGGAUGACAUGGACAUCAAGAAGGGUGUUUCGUGGUUGACAGUGCGCUACAUGAUUGGUGAGAUUCAAUACGGAGGCCGUGUGACUGACGACUUCGACAAGCGUCUAUUGAACACAUUUGCAAGGGUGUGGUUUAGCGAGCAGAUGUUUACAAGUAGCUUCUGUUUCUACAAGGGUUACCAGAUCCCCAAGGGUAGUCAAGUACAACACUACGUAGAUUACAUUAAUAAUCUACCCAAUGCUGACACACCGGAGGUCUUUGGUCUGCAUCCUAAUGCUGAUAUUACGUAUCAGAGUAACACAGCUCGCACAGUGCUGAGUACCAUCUUGAGUAUUCAACCUAAAGAUAGCGGUGGUAGCAGUGGAGAGACCAGAGAGGUUGUAGUACAGAGAAUGGCUGAUGAUAUGCUGGAUAAACUACCUCAGGAUUACAUCUCUUAUGAGGUUAAAGAGCGAGUCGCUAAAAUGGGCGCUCUGCAGCCAAUGAAUAUUUUCCUUCGUCAAGAGAUAGAUCGUAUGCAACGUGUCAUAACCCUGGUCAGAAGCACUUUGACCGAUCUGAAGCUAGCAAUUGACGGCACCAUUAUCAUGAAUGAGAAUCUACGCGAUGCCCUAGACUGCAUGUUCGAUGCCCGCAUCCCCGAGACUUGGCUGAAAAUCUCUUGGGCCUCAUCGACCCUGGGUUUCUGGUUCAGUGAGCUGAUUGAGCGUAAUAGCCAGUUCCGUACCUGGUGUUUUGAUGGUCGACCACACACGUUCUGGAUGACUGGAUUCUUCAACCCUCAAGGAUUCCUGACAGCAAUGAGACAGGAAGUUACACGAGCUCACAAAGGCUGGGCUCUCGACAGCGUCAUCUUACACAACGACGUGACAAGAUUCUUAAAAGAUGACAUCAAUCAGCCUCCCCAGGAGGGUGUGUACGUGACCGGUCUCUUCUUAGAAGGUGCUUCAUGGGAUCGACGAGGCAUCCGUCUCAUCGAACCCAAACCCAAAGUCCUCUUCGAGCCUCUACCAGUCAUCCACAUCUAUGCUAUAAACAGCACGGGUGGGAAGGAUCCAAGAAUGUAUGAAUGUCCAAUUUAUAAGAAACCAGUGCGAACAGAUCUAACGUUUAUCGCUACAGUUGACCUCAAGACGACCCAGAAUCCUGAUCACUGGAUUCUUCGUGGUGUGGCCUUGCUAUGUGACAUCAAGUAGAUUCCUCUAUUACAUGGACGUUAGUUAGUGUGUAUAGAUUCUUGUAAAUCUAUUCACAAUAACUGAACCUAGCCUCAUGCAUCUAUUGAAAUCACUUCAUGUUUUUGUCUCGUCAUUUCAUACGUGUGCUUCAUUUCCCGUCACCUACCUCUCGUCAUUUCUCAUCAGCGGAAGAUGCCUGUUGGGCAAUUGUCUUCAAGCAAGAAAAAGAGCUGUGACUUCAUACAGUCUUCUCUCCAAGGCUCUUAAGGAAUGCUAAAUAUCAAAGACGUGACAACUCAUGUUUGUCACCAGAUUGUACGUUGGAAAAUCCCUGUCACAGUUCACGCUUGUUGACAUACUUAAAUCAGUUCUCUUAAUGAUAUGAUAUUUUGAGAAAUGUUGAUGCCUUUAAAAGUCAGUGUACUUGGAAAUAUUUGUGCCUGAGCAGCACAUUUUGAAUAUUUAGUGAUCUGUCCAUUUGCAUAUUUAGUGAUUCGUCCAUUUGAAUAUUUAGUGAUCCGUCCAUUUAUUUAUAAGAAAAUCAUUUUAUCAUGACAUUCUAUUCUAACGAUUAAUUUCAUUUAUACAUUUUGGCAUGUAUAACAUUCGAUGGUCAGUGAUUAUUCACCAAUUGCUUAACAUUUUAGAUUAAACACUUUCAUGUCCUUAAAACGCUUGACUGAAAAGUUAAACGGUCAUAUUUUAGAAUUCACCUUUAUGCAAAUUUAAUGGUACUAAUAAAUAAUCAACUACAUAUUAAUUGGUAUCACUUUAUGGCAUUUGAUCUGGAUAUCAUUUUGUCAUGUCAUUUACAUGAACAAUCAUAAAUCCAUCAAACAUUGUGUGUAGUGUAUGUUUUUUACAUACACUGUACAUGAGAGUUUGUUCUCUAAAAGAUCCCAGAACUUUGAAGUAAUAAAGCCACUGUCUUCAUAUCUAUUGGUUUGGUUAAAUAAUUUGGAACUCAUGUCAUUUACAUAAACAAUCAAACAUCCAUCAAACAUGCAUAGUUUGUAGUUCAUUCACAGGCAGCAAGCCCGUGGCAAGCCCAUACGGGACCCAUGUGGGUUUGCUACCCGGGUUCAUAUACAUGUAGCCACUAGAGAUUAAUCUCGAAGAUUCCAGAAGCUUGAAGUAAGAAAGCCAGUUUGUUUCCAGACCAACUGGUUUUGUUACUAACAAGUCGGAUUUCAUCCUUUUAGAAAUAGCUUUCCAGAGGAACUAUCGGACGUUACAUGUCAAGACCACAAAAGUUGAUAACAGUGAGAAGAAGUUUUUUUUAUUGCGUAAAAUAAUGUUGUACAAUGGUCUUGUUGGCUGGUUUUAUAUGUUUAUAGUAUUUUUCUCCUUUAUCAAUAAAUCCAUAUUUUUGUUGAUACAUAGCUUAGAAUAAGGAUAAAGAUAAACUUUGUAUAUUUCAGGUCAAAUGAUUACAAUUUAAUAGAUGGAAGUUUGCAUCAAAGAUAAAGAAACUAAAUUUUGGCUUUACCCAUAUGCACUGAUGUGUGUUAGUACUGUAUACCCAGUACAUUUAAUGCUCUGUGAAAAAAUAUCACAGGCAUAUUACUCAGGUGGGAUUCGAAUCCACGAUCUUUGAAAAUCUAGAGCAGUGUCUAACCUACCAAGAUUGAAGUUGGCUACGAAUGAAGAGAAAAUGUCACCAUCCAAAACACACUAAUAAGAUGAGACACGAUGGCAUGAGCUCUUUGUAUAUUUUUUAAAAUCACGGGAUUAAUUUUUCUGAUAUUGACUUGGAAUUUUGUAGAAAGUCUUUGUUGUGGACAUAGUAAUAGUGAUCGUAAUAAUAAUAGGUAUUUAUAUAGCGCAUUUACAUAAAGAUCAAAGCGCUGAACAGAAUAAGACUAUGAAACACAAACGCUUCAAGACGUUUCCUGAAAGUGGUGAGAAGAGUUCCACAAUUUAGGACCAGGGGCCGAUUUCACAAAGAUCUAAAAUUGAUCGUAACUGCAAAUCAAUCACAGUUGCUUAGUAAAGUGUGA